AGCGACGUCGUAUCGGGUGUGUAAAGUCGUCCGUUGUCGCGGGAAAUUUUAAUUUCAACAAAUCUCUAAAGAACGGAAGGGGAAAGUGGAGCGGUUCAGCAAACCCUAGAAUUUUUGGAGGCCACUUUGAUACUGACGAAAACAUAAAAACUUCAUUUUUCUAAGGAUUCAAAGGCUUUGAUUUAGCAACUCUCGAUGGAGUCUUCAACUCCCGGUGUUUCAAUGGAGGUCCAGCAACAAAAGAUUUUUGCUCUUCUUCAUUGUUUGAUGGGGUGUAAUCGGAAUCUUAGAUUAACUUCUAGGGUGUUGGAACCAGAGAACUACCCUUUUUCAAUGAUGAAGGAUGCAGUACUUGAUUCUGCUAUGGUAGUUGACCCUCUUACUGUUUUAAGUCCUUCUGAAGAUGAGAAUGAGAUUGUCAAUGUUCCAAAGGAACAUGUUGGGGAUAACUUGCCUAAGUUUCAUCCACCUCGUAAGGGUCUUUCGGCGAUUAGAAGCUUUCCUCCUGGGUGUGGAAGAGGUGCUCCUCCGCUUACAAUUCGAAAUUCCUCAAAAGGUUUGCAGAUGGAUGGUUCAAGAGCUAAAAAACGAGUUUGGAAUGAUGUACCAUUAACCAAAGUUGCAAAGAAAUCAAGUGCUCAGAGUUUAUCUGGAGCUUGUUCAAUCACUCGCAGGAUUGGGCCUGAAGACCAUAACAUUUCAGAGGAUCCACUGAGGCAGACAUCUAGAAGUGAGGAUGGAAGUAUAGGGGAAGAGAUUUCAAGAGGAUUUGAUAAUGUGAAGUCCAAGCAAGGAAAACUUGCAGGUUGCCCUGAAUCUAUUGCAAAAAGGGUUGUGGUGCAGGGUUUGACAGCCUCGUCAAAUUGCCCGUGGAGGCAAGGCAAGAAGAUGUUUAAAUCAGUAAAUCUUGGAGGCAAAGAGACUUGAGUCCGAUGAUUUGAUCAAGUUUCUCUUUGAUAUUAUGUAUAAAUCCAUAGAAUGAGUUUAUGCCACACAAAGUUCUGCCAGCUCAUGUGUAAUGGUUUCAGUGUCAUUCAUGAUUCUAUGACAUUUAGUAAUUAGUUUACCUGAGAAAUUUGUCUUGUAUGCAACAGCUUUUUCUAGAUAUGCGCCAUUGAAUGUACAGCCACUGAAAUCUGAUUCCCUCAUAUCAGCAGAUGUGAAAUUGGCUCUCCUGUAUCAGUCAUUAGGAUUAAUGGUAAUCGGUGAGCACCAAGUAUAAGAAUGCUCCAGAAGUUAUCAUUUCAAAGCAAAAACUAGACUUCAUUUACACAUCGACUGUUGUAAAUUGGGGAGGGGGGUUGGGGUUACUUAACGACUCCAUUUUACUUAGAGUAUUCCUUUGAUCCUGAAUUCAAACUGUAGUUUCUUCGCAAUUCUUCCAUUGUGCUUAGUUUCAGAACAGGGAUUUUAUGAAUCAAAGCAGCAUGACGCAAAGGAAUGAUGAAACAGGUGGUAAAAAUACCUGAAAUUUUCAUUAAUAUGCACUGCUUUCCUGUUCAUAGAAGAAGUAUAUCGACUAUCAGUAUAACUAAGUGGCAACAAGGGAUAGAAUGGUAACUUCAAAGUCUAAAGACCUGAGAUCUGCAGAACCAUAUUGCGCGGCGGAUCCAAUUCCAAAUUCACCACGGGUAUCAGCCUCAUACUUGUUGAGUUCAGCAACUGAAGGCAUGCCUGAGCUAAAACCAAUGACUGCAGCAGCAGCCAAAGCAGUUGAAACCAAUUUUUGCCAUCUCUUGGGCUCUGUAAUCUUACCAAUGUGUGCGUGCUUCCUCUCGGAACAAUCUUCCUUUUCAAGGGAAUUCAAGUUAGUGAAGUCAUCAACAAGCAUGGAAGGCAGAAUUCGCCAUCAGAACUAGAGAAACAAGGAUGAAAAAGAGUAGCACGGUUCACCUUGAGUUUGAUCCUUUUGUGGGUUUAUCUGAGAUACCGUGGAAAUUCGUUUCCUAGGUUGUAGAGAACUUGGAUGCUUUGAUUUAGAAGAAUUCAAGGGUAGACAUUUUGCCGAUAGUGAAGAAAUGGAAGAAAGUGCCAUAUGAGGAGUUGAAAUUUGGGUAUCUUUCUGCUCCAGGAAAGAGAAUUAUUUUGCUGGAAAAGCUGAGAAGAUGAGAAAGAGGGGAAAGAAAA